UUAGUUCAGUAUAUACGAAAUCGAGCUAACGUAGACUUACAUUUGAAAUUCCAAAAAAAAAAUAUAAUGAAUCGUUUGAUAAAUAUUUCGGUUUUAAAAUUGACCGACAGCUUGUUAUGCAACAGUCGAACUAUAAGUGGAUCCAGUAGGAAGGAUUCCGCCGAUAAGAAGGAUCCCUGCAAAAAGGAGGAUCCCUGCAAAAAGGAAGAUCCCUGCAAAAAGGAAGAUCCUUGCAAAAAGAAGGAUGCCGACAAAAAGGACGGUAAAGGCUCUGAUAAAGGCGGAAAAGAUUCAAAGGACAAAGGCGGCAAAAAGGGCGGUUGCGAUAAAGCAAAUGCUCCGACCUCUCCACGUUGUAAAGAUGGUAAGGGUAAAAAGUAAACUCUAUCUCGUCCAUUCCAAAUGACGGAUAUUUUUGGACGCUGACCGCCUGGCGCCUUUGCAAAUGUGCAAACAGAACACCAGUCCACAUAAUGGAUCACAAAUUACCCAAAACCCAAACGCAACAUGAAUCAGUUGUAGUUUAUAGCUGGCCGAGCGCAGUGAGAUCAUAAAACCAAAACGCUCGAGACAUUAUAAAGCCAUAAAGCAACAAGUAAAAUCGGCGCA